CAAUUAAACAAAUAACCAAAAAUAGGCACCGUUAAUAAAAACGUAUCCAUAUCCUGAUAUUAUUAUCCUAAUAAUGAACAGAACUUUACAAAACUAAGAUUCAAAACCACUAUAUAAAUAAAUUCUUGUAGUGACUUACGACCAUAAAACACAGAGAAACAUGGCCAGCACAAUGUUUUGUUCUGUUAUGUUAUGUUUUAUUGUAUAUCUCUCUUUCUAUCCACAACAAACAAUGGCAACCGCGCCGGAGGCCGUGAAGGGUGUAGACUUGGCGAGGUACAUGGGCCGGUGGUACGAAAUAGCUUCUUUCCCUUCAUUUUUUCAGCCGAAAAAUGGCGAAAACACUAGAGCCACCUACACUCUAAACAAAAAUGGGACUGUUCAUGUUCUAAAUGAGGUUUGGAAUAAUGGUAAAAGAAACUUCAUAGAGGGAAUUGCUUAUAAAGCUAACCCUAAAAGCGAUGAGGCCAAACUUAAGGUCAAAUUCUAUGUUCCUCCAAUCUUGCCAAUCUUUCCUGUUGUUGGAGAUUACUGGAUAUUGUCCCUUGAUCAAAAUUAUCAAUAUGCCCUCAUUGGAGGACCUACCAAUCUAUUUCUUUGGAUAUUAUGCAGACAGACCCAUUUGGAUGAUCAAAUAUACAAUCAGCUUGUUGAGAAGGCUAAGGAAGAAGGGUAUGAUGUGACCAAAUUGCACAAGACUCCACAGAGUGAUCCUCCACCUAUGUAAGAAGGCCGUCAAGAAACCAAAAAAAAAUUGGUGGAUUAAUUAUCCCUUUUUGGGAGGGCAGCCGUAGUAUUAGGGUGUGUUUUUUUUCCAAAGUGUUCCUUAUAAAAAGGACCGGAGGGAGUAUGUUGAUUUGCAGAAAUAAAAUCUAGGAAAAUAUGUAUUUAGUCUUUCAUGUAUACAAGUUUAUUUAGUGUAGUAGCUUAUAAACUCAUCAUAGUAGAGGAAUUGGGUUUCUCUCAUGUAAUCACUUGAAUAAAAUUGAUUAAAUUUUUAGUUAA